UGAAAUCUAGGGACAAUCUGCAUGCGCUGAACACCAGCACAGAUCUGUUUCAGCUGGGUUAGAGUAUAGAGCAGAGCUGGACAGUGUACAGAAGGCGUUCAAAUGAAGGAAAAGAAGUUCAUAUAGAAAACUAAACAAGCAAACAACUAAAAGAAAACAGGGUGAGAAACAGACGCAGAGUGAAGAGAUAUAUUCAGUUCUAAAAAAUGUCCUCCUUAGUGAGCACUGUUGCUGCACUUCUAUUGACUUCCCUGUUGGCUUUGUUCUUUGGAUGCUCUCGGGCUCUGGGUCAGGAUUUAAAAGAGGAUGCACUAUGCAAUGCGGACGGCUGUUUUGUGGUCUACUUUCAACGUAAAACCUUCCUGGACUCAUGGAGGGCCUGCAAGGAGAAAGGUGGAAACCUAGCUACCAUUAAACGCAGGGAGGAUGCUGCCACUAUUGCUACUCUCUUCUCCAACCUGGAUUUGAGCCAAUCUACCACAGGUGUCCGGGUAUGGAUUGGCUUGCAGCGGCAACCUCGCCAGUGUACAACCACACGCCCAUUGCGGGGUUUCUCUUGGACUACUGGUGACCACGAUACAGAGUAUACCAACUGGCAGAAAGAGGACUCCCCUAGCAUGUGUUCUGUGCCACGCUGCGUGGUAAUGAGCUACAGCAAUCAGGAGCAGACCAAUAAUUACAAAUGGCUGGAUGGCUCCUGCUCAGUCUCUGUAGAUGGGUAUCUUUGUCGUUAUACCUAUAAAGGAAUGUGUCCAGCCCUGUGGAGUGAAGGUGCAGGCAAUACCCUAUACAGUACACCAUUUAACCUCCUAAGCACACUGCUGACCUAUUUACCCUAUGGAUCUGUUGCUACUAUUCCCUGCCCUGCAGGCACCAAGGAGGACCAGUCAGUUUUGUGUAUGCUGAAGGAAGAUGGCUCAGUUGGGUGGUCAAGAGAUUCCCCCCUCUGCUCCGAUCCUCAGAUAUCACACGACUGGUGUGACCAGGAUAACGGUGGAUGUGAGCAUUUUUGCAGAUCCGCCGGUGCUCAUGUUUACUGUGAUUGUGCCGAAGGGUAUCAACUUGGAGACAAUGGCCAGAACUGUGAGUUGUCAGACGUCUGUAAAGGGGCGCCCUGUGAGUUUGUGUGCCUGCCCCUCUCAGAUGGGUACCAAUGUGCAUGCCCUGAUGGAUACAUGCUUGCACCAGAUGAACGUGGCUGUCUGGAUGCAGAUGAGUGCCUCCACAGUCCUUGUGAGCAGCUUUGUGUGAAUGCUCCCGGGACAUUUGAAUGUAGGUGUUGGGAGGGCUACCAUCCGGAUGAUGAAGGUGGGUGUGAGGAUAUAGAUGAGUGUGUAAAUGACCCAUGUGAACACGCCUGUGAGAACACUCAAGGCUCUCAUAUCUGCCAUUGUCAUCUGGGAUAUUCCCCAGUGCCUGAAGAACCCAGCCAAUGCCAAGACAUUGACGAGUGCCAAAUCCCAGGGACUUGUGAGAAGAUGUGUGUGAAUUACGAGGCUGCAUUUGCCUGCUAUUGUGAGGAAGGCUAUGAACUCAUGCCUGAUCAGUAUUCAUGUCGCAAGAGAGAGGAAGGAGACCAAUCUGCUGUCACCCCUCCUUUUGCUUGGGUCACCCACCAGCCUGGACCUAUAUGGAACGAUAUGGACUAUGACUGGAACACACGGCCCACUGACUGGCCUACAGAGGGGAAACAAUCUCUGGACUGGCUGACUGACCCACCCAGAGUUUUGGGUUCUGAUAUCAUUUGGGUCACCAGUGACCCUCAGGAGGAGCUGCUCUCUGAUUUAACACCGGGCCCUCUGACACAAGAGGCUGAGGAAGAUGAGAAACAAAAAGACAAUGAAGGAGAUGACUGGUUGAAGCGAGAAGUUUUCCCCACCACCAUCUACACCACACCUACGGCCACCACCAGCUCCGUCACCUCCGUUAGAGACUGGUUCGAAGUUAACGAGGAUGAUGAGGAGGAAACCACCACAGCUCUCCCCUUCUUUUCUACUUCGACAAUCUCUGAGGGAGCCGGGAAUUGGUGGGCAACGCUCACCACUUCCAGUCGGAAACCAACAAAUCCAGAGGAUUCAGUUGUAGACCGCAACAUGCCCGCAAAAUCAAGCUAUCCCACCGAAGCGGAAAAAGAACACUACCCGCCAAGUGAAAACGUUCAGUUCCCAAAGGAGGAGUUAGGGCGCGAGGUGAAUGAAUUUGUGGAUGUCACACACCAAGACCCAGCAGCUCGCACACAAAAUAUUCCUUCCCAGCCAUCCCCAAGCGAGGAUGGAGAGAAUGUUGACAUCCUGGAUUCUAUCCAGGAAGACAAGGGACAGACGCAAAGCAACACUUGGCUUUUAGUGGGCGUACUUGUGCCCAUUUGUUUCUUAAUUGUAGUAAUGGUGGUGCUUGGCAUUGUCUACUGCACUCGCUGUGCUGUUCAUUCACGCAACAAGAAUGCCACUGACUGCUACCACUGGAUUUCUGGGGCUCAUGAUAAACAGGGAGCUCCUAACCCCUCAGCAGGGGUCAAUACCCAUGUUUAGACAGAGAGGGGAGAAGCUGACAUUUACAUAAACCGAUCCUGCUUCAGGGGUAAGCAGGAGUGAAUAAUGGACCUAGUGAACUGCAAGCUAAAUGUUUUACCCGCUCUGAUUGUGGAACUCUUUGAACAUGUGUGGAUACUUUUAAGUAUGAAUUGAUAGAUCUGGGGAGCUAACCUCUUUUGGGAUGGGGUUGCUAUGUAAUACAAACUGCUUUCAUAUUUCAUAUAACGAGCACACAACACAAGAUCUGAUAGCUUCAUCAUUGCAUGAUGUAAUCUAAACACAUCUGCUUGAGAAUAAUGUGUGAAAUUGUUUAUUCAUUUUUAAUCAUUUCACAGCUGCAGCCAGAUUCUGCAUAGAGCCUUCACAAUGUAUGCACGGUAAAGAUUCUUCUUUAUUCUGGUAGUAAUACCUAAAAAGCUUUUUUUUCCACACACCAUUCUCAGACUCAGUUCCUUUCAAUAGCAUACCACUGUAAAUAACUGUAGCUGUCAACUGUGCCAAAGAGAUUUAGAUUAAUUGUUAGCUCACAUCAGCAGUAGAGACAUUCUGCAGUCACACGAUAAUGCUGGAAAAGCAGUCACUGUGUUGAAUGCUAAAUAAGAGACCAAAGCCUUAUUUGUAUAUAGUGGUUAGAUUGUAUUUAUGUUUGUCCCAUACUUGUCAUCAGCCUUUUUGUUUAAACUUUUUAACAACUGUAAAAAAAUCUUUUUGUCCUGGGACCCCAUAAAACCAGUGAAAUGAAAUGUCUGUCGGCAUACUGGAGUGGUUUCUCCCACUCAUGUCCCGUUUAAGACCCCUUCUCUGUUUCCCCCCCCCCCUUCCUUUUUUUUUUAAAGAGGUGAACGAGCAGAUGUUCACAUUGCACAGGGAUUAUUGUUGGGGCUGCUGGUUGGCAUUAGUCUUGGUUUUGCUUCUGACAUGGCCACCAGUCACCCUUUGUAACCCUGAUUGAUUGGUACAGCCUUGGAGGUUUUGUUUUAAACCGGCCCUGAAAUGUUUCAUGGCCUUGUGGGAUUACAUUGAGCUGUGUAACGCUGUGCAGUUGUGUGCAACUUCAGAUAUAUUAUCAGUCAGUAGUUCAAAAAGAUUGUAAAUCAGCAGGAAGAGGGCACAUUAAAUUCCGUGGGAAAUUUCUCUUUGGAUAUUAGGGUGUAUAAAUCUUUAAGAUCAAAGAAAAAACAAAUAAAGAAUAUGAGGCACUUCAGUGCUUAAAUUACCUUACAUUUGUGGAUUAAUGGCUAUUUAAUGCCACAUGUCGUUUACAAAGAUACAUUUGUGUUUGUUUCAUUGAUAGACUGUGACAUAUGAGAAACAACUGUUUGCUGUUACAUGUUAAGAAAUUGUGAAUUAAAAAAUAUGACGAGAGUUGA